AUGAAUAAUCGGGAAGAUCUUAUGAUUGAUGUUUCCACCAACUGUAAUAUACGGGAUACAGAAAUGGCUUCCCAGGCAAAAUUGCCCAGCAACGAAAUUACUUCUCUCUCCAGAAAAUUCCAAUUAAGUACUUUCAUUUAUGAUUUGCAACAUGGUCUAAGUUUUAGUAAUGCAUUAACAAGGCUUCAAACCAUGAAAGCUCUGAUGGAGCAAGUAGUUUCAGAAGCUAUUGAAAAUAAUAUUGAUAGCGAGGAGGAUAUUUUCGAAGAUGCAAGCUCUACAAUAGAUGAAGGUGAUGAACCUAUAGGUAUUGUACCCGUUACAGAGCCCAAAAAGAUACCGACAUACAAUAACGUGAUAAUACCACAGGAUAAAGAUCCCAUGAUCAAUACUGGAAGUAACAAUGAUCACGAUGAUGAACAUGAGCAUAAUAAUAUUAGCUGUCAACAUCACCAUACUGAAACUGAUACAUCUUAUGAUCAUCUUACGGUUAUCUCGCAAGCAGAAAAGACAGAUCAUCAAUUUUUAAGACUGCGUAUUGGGGAAAUUAAUGCAUUAGAUAUUAACUCAAAACAGAAGGCAACCAUGGUUCAAAAGCUCAUGAUGGGAAAUUAUAACAUAGAGCCUCCAUCAUUCAAGGAUGGGGUACGGCCAGAGCAAAACCCUUCAGAAGUUCAAGAUACCUAUUUAGAUGCGUUAUCUAGUGUAAAUUCUGAUGAUUGGAGACCCGAAUAUUAUAAGCCAGGGGUUUACGGAUGCCCUCACUACCAGCGGGCCUGUAAAUUACAAUGUAAUAUAUGUCAUUCAUGGCAUACAUGCAGGUUUUGCCAUGACGAGAAGCAAAAUGAAAACUCAGCGUCAUAUCAUCCUCUCCAAAGGAAUGAAACAAAAUGGAUUAUGUGUAUGAGAUGUCAAAAUGUUCAAAGACCAUCAAGAAAUUGUGAAAAAUGCAACGAAGAAUUCGCACUUUACUAUUGUGAUAAGUGUGUCCUUUAUGAUAAUGAUGAGGCAAAGGAUAUAUAUCAUUGCGAUAAGUGUGGAAUUUGUAGAUUGGGUUUAGGAUUGGGAAUCGAUUUUUUUCAUUGUGAUGGAUGUCAGGCAUGCCUUUCCAUUGAGCUACUCAACAAUCAUAAAUGUAUUGAACGUGCAACAAUGUCAAAUUGUCCAAUUUGUGGGGAGUAUAUGUUCACAUCGGUAAAACCAGUUGUUUAUAUGUCACCUUGCGGACAUGCGAUUCACCAACAUUGUUUCGAUGAAUACACAAAACAUUCUUACAAAUGUCCACACUGCCAAGUAACUGUUCUAAAUAUGGAUGCCCAAUUUAGAGUUCUUGAUAAAGAUAUUGAAGAACAGCCAUUACCAGAACCAUAUUGCAACUGGAUCUGUAUCGUUUCCUGCAAUGACUGUAAGGGAAGAAGCAAAUGCCCGUAUCAUAUUUUAGGUUUAAAAUGUGGCCACUGCCUGAGCUAUAACACUGUCCAAUUAAAAUUGAUAAAACCUGGAAAUAAGGAUGACGAAGAUGUUGAUCCAGCCGCAUUGGAACAGUUCAAUCAUUCUAUGAAUCGUUCCUUAAGUGAAAAUUUACUGAACGAUCAUUUUCAAACCGAAGACAUAUCCCCGCUAAUAAAUAUGGAUAACUUUGUGAUGUCAAAUAUCGACCACUAUAUGAAUUCAUAUUUCAAAGAAAAACCAGGAAAAUUAAGAGAAAGUGAUAAUGUUAACGACUUUAUAAAUACUAACGGCCUUUUUAAGAGUCAAACAAAAGCAAGAUAUUCAAAUGAAAUCAUGGCUUCAACAAGUAUGCAAAGAGUGAGUUCGCUAACGGAGAAAUUCAAACAGUUUAUAAGCGGUAACGCCACAACCACCUCAAUCGAUAGUGCUAUUUCCUUACAACAUACAACAGAACGGUCAAUCGGUGAAAUAUUUCAAGUGUGGCGAAGGGACGCAGCGCAAUUCCGAGGGCAAGACCUCAGCAAGGACGACAGUCCAACUAUGCCCAAAAUUCCAGACUCCGAAGGCUCUUGA